AUGACAAAACGACCCAAUUUUCUCAUCAUUGUCGCGGACGAUCUGGGCUUCUCGGACAUCGGCUGCUAUGGCUCGGAAAUCCAGACUCCUGUCCUGGACCAGCUAGCCAGCGAGGGCAUACGGUUCAGCGACUAUCACACGGCCGCCGUGUGCUCGCCAACGCGCUCAAUGUUGUUGAGCGGCACGGACUGUCACCUCGCCGGCCUUGGGAUCAUGUCUGAAUUCAGGACAGUAGAUCCCGAGCGCUACAACGUCCCCGGCCAUGAGGGCUACAUGAACCACGACAUCGCCGCUCUUCCCGAACUGCUUCAGGACGCUGGGUACUUUACGGCCAUGGCUGGAAAGUGGCACCUUGGCUACAAGAACGAUUUCGGGCCUCAUUCGCGAGGGUUCGAUCGAAGUUUCGCGAUGCUGCCUGGCUGCGCCAACCAUUUCGGCUGGGAGCCCGCCUGGAACAAGGAGCCCGGCGGCCGACGACCGGCCAAGUUCGUCCCCGGCCAUUCAGCGCCGCUCUAUACGGAGGACGGUGCGCGGUACAUGCCCACGCCCAAUACCGAGAGCGAUCCUGCCAAAGGCUUCUACAGUUCCGACACCUACGUCGAGACGCUGAUGAGAUACUUGGACCAACGGGACGGAAAGCCGUUCUUUGCGUUUCUCCCCUUUGGAGCACCGCACUAUCCAUUACAGUGCCCGAAAGCCGACCGCGACAAGUAUGCCGGCCUCUACGAUGAUGGGCCCGAUGCUCUGCGACUUCGAAGGCUCGAAUCGCUCCAGAAAAUUGGCAUGGUCGCACACGGCACUGUUGCGCAUCCAGUCGUCGCCACGACAGCCGAGUGGGAAACAAUGACGACAGAGGAGCAGAAAAUGUCGUCCAAGGCGAUGGAGAUCUUCGCUGGCAUGGUGGACGGGAUCGAUCAGGCAGUAGGGAAGAUCAUCGACUAUCUCAAGCGAAUCGGAGAGCUGGACAACACUGUCAUUAUGUUUAUGAGCGAUAAUGGCGCAGAAGCAGCUGCGUGGGAGGGCAAUGCCGCCAAUGGUCCAGACCUCCUGAAAACCAUCGAGACGUACUAUGACAACUCGUACGACAACUUGGGCAACUACAACUCAUUUUGCUGGUAUGGCCCUCGGUGGGCCCAAGCGUCGACGGCCCCUGGGAGGCUGUACAAGGCGUACAACACCGAGGGCGGUAUUCGAGUCCCCCUUAUUGUGAGAUAUCCCCAAUUGAGUGGACACGAACCGGGCACCAUUUCACACACCUUUGCCACGUGUAUGGACAUCAUGCCGACUUUGCUCGAUCUCGCGGGUGUCAAACAUCCGAACCAGCUGUCGGGAGGCCAAAAGGUUCCGUAUAGGGGCCAAAUGGUCUAUCCCAUGCGUGGAAAGUCUUGGGUCCCACACCUUGCUUCCAAAGCGCCAAUUUACGGUGAAGAACCUGUGGGUUGGGAGAUGUUUGGACGGGGCGCCAUGAGAAAAGGCAAGUGGAAGAUAAACUGGAUGUCGAAAAAGGAUCAUGGCAAAGGCACGUGGGAAUUGCACGACUUGUCUCGAGAUCCCGGAGAGACUCUGGAUCUAGCGGAGCAGUACCCUAGUAAGCUAAAGGAGCUGGUUGACGAUUUUGACGUCUACGUCAAGCAGACGGGAACGGUUUGGGGUCUUCCGCUCGACAUGACCCAACCUCGGAGACCGUUGCCCGCAGAUAUGAUUGGCGGUGAUCCGAUCGCUGACCAGCGGGCAUGGAUGGCAGUAGGAAGGGGAGAAAGGCCGAGAGUCUGA